GGGGGCAGGGAACCCCGCCUAAGGAAAGCCUGAAGGGUGUGAGAAAUAUUUUCAACUCAAAGGCCGAAAAUUCAGAAAAGCAAGUAUUGGGACCUGUGUUCUUAGUGCUGAUCCAUCCACUACACAUUCAGUUCUUCACUGCUGGCUGUCUUUCCAUCUGUCCUUCUGCCAGACUGUCCAUCAAGCACUGUGGAAGGAGCACUGACAAGAGAAGAAGGAGGAAUUUACCUGACUUUGGUAGAGAUUCAUCACAAGAGAGCUACAGGAGCUUGGGAGAGGCUGAAGACCACUUCUCUCCACCAUUACAGACCCUGGCCUUAAGAUUCCUUUUCAAUCAGGUGGAGAAAGGCCCUCUCCUGUCCUGCCACAACCUGGCAUAGAUUUGAACAUGGGCUGGGCUCGGGAAGUGGGUUGGAUGGCUGCUGGACUAAUGAUUGGGGCUGGAGCCUGCUACUGUGUUUACAAAUUAACCAUAGGAAGAGAUGACAAUGAGAAGUUGGAGGAGGAGGAAGAGGAAUGGGACGAUGACCAAGAGCUGGAUGAGGAGGAGCCCAAGACUUGGUUUGAUUUCACAACUAUGGCUCGGCCCUGGAAUGAGAAUGGGGAUUGGACAGAACCUGGGGCCCCUGGUGGAACCGAGGACAGGCCCUCAGGUGGGGGCAAGGCCAAUCGAACACACCCAACAAGACAGCGUCCAUUCCCCUAUGAAUAUAAAAAUACUUGGAGUGCUGAAACCUUUAAAAUUUUCAGCUGUGCUCUUGACCUCUCCAAGUGUCCUUUCAUUCAGGGGAAAAUGUUGUUUGCUCAGCCCAAGGAUGCUGGCUUUUCAUUUAGCCACAAUAUCAAUAGUCAUUUGGCCAGCCUCUCCAUUGUUGGAAACACGAUCCCCACUCUCAACCCCACUGUUAAGGAGGCUUUAUGUGCCCUGGAUAACGUGAAUGCCAGUGUGGAAAAUCAGGGCCAGAUUAAAAUGUACAUCAAUGAAGUGUGUCGGGAAACUGUGUCACAUUGCUGCAACUUAUUUCUGCAGCAGGCCGGAUUAAAUUUGUUAAUAAGCAUGACAGUUAUUAAUAACAUGCUCACCAAGUCCGUUUCAGACCCGAGGUUUCCUUUGAUAUCAGAGGGGAGUGGAUGUGCUGAGGUUCAGCCUUUGAAACCGUUGAUGGGUUUGUCUGAAAAGCCAGGCUUGGCAGGGGACUUUCUGGGUCCACAAAUGCUGCUCUCAUUCAUGUCCCUCUUUAUCAAGAAUGGAAACAGACAGGUUCUUCUGGACACCCUGGCCUCUUAA